GCAUAUUAUGCUUAUUUCUGUUAGAUAAAAGCUGACUUCAGGUCUGGUGCAUGCAAUGCUGAAAGAAGGAGGUAUACGCUUGAGUUUUUAGUGAAAUCAAAAAAAAGUAUCUGGGUCUUCUUGUUCAGGAUCAAACAUGCGAUCUACCUCUGUCCGAUCAUCUCUAUCCAGUUCCCACAUCUCCCACCGCCUUUGUUUUUUAUUUUUAGACCCCCUUGCCUUUUCCCUGUGCUUCUUGUGGUUUUUCUUUUUGUGUGUGUUUCUUUACACGCGUAAAGACAUUCCACCCUUACUUAUCCGUUAGUCAAGAUUCUACUUAGUCAACUGCAACAUGAAGACUUGACCGAUCAUGUAAGACUCAGUCGUCAACGAUAAUCAUCUCGUUCAUCUAUUCGUAGAGAUCCGUAAGUGCAUCUCAUGGAAGUACGUUGAUUUUUUCGUCCACGACGUCGUCGUCCAUUAUAAUAUAUCUUCCAUUUAAGAAAUAUUUACGCGAACGCCAAUUCUUCAAGAAAGAGCGGCAAAAAAUAUGACGGGUUCAUCACACGCUCCCCACUCGCCUGACGGCGCAAAGAAGACCGUCACAUUGUGGGGCGAACGAGAUUUGUUUCCUGGUUUGCCACCAGGCGCCGACCCGGAGGAUGACAGAGCAGUCCUAGAAAGCUUCGAUGCUUCUCCGGUGAGAAGGAGAACGGCAGAAGCCCUAGGCCACACCGCGACCGAAGGCGAUAGGAGGAAAGAGUAUGUGAGGACGUUGUUUGUAGAGAGCCCGGCAAUUGAUGGCGGAGAGCAAUUUGGAGGAGUCGCGGAUAGAGAUUAUGAAGGGAUCUUGACCAGUCGUGUUUGUGGCAGAGUUUCUUCUCAUAGUCUAGAGCAGUAAGGAAUAACUCUUAUAGUCUAGAGCAGUAAGGAACAUAUUAAGGAAAAUAUAAAUAACGGGUAUUUCUUAUAGUCUAGUAGAGUUAUAGUCUACAGAGUAAGGAAAAUAUAUAAAUAACGGGUACUUCUUAUAGUCUAGUGGAGUCUAAGGAAUAUCUUCACGGGUUUCGAGUUAGCGGAUAGAGAUUAUGGAUCUGAAUUUUGUGUAGAUGUAGAAGAAGUAGUCACGACUAUCAGAUAGUUUCUGCUGACCAAGCACAAGGCCUAUAAUCACACGUAGAAGUAGUUAAGUUCCAGCAGACUCGUCUUCGUGCCAUGGCAUGAUUAAUAGUAGAGCCUGCGUGUAGACUGUGCAGUUUUUCUUGUGGAAGAGUCAGUUAAAUACAUCAGAAAAAUGUGAAUCAAUUUAAAGCUAAAGCAUCGCUGCUUCCUGAAAUAUUAUAAGCUCUAACCUCUCUCGCCCCAUCACGUGGACAACCUGAACUUAACCGCGCCUCCGUUCCUCGCUUCCUCCGCCUCCAGUGCCGCAGGAACGAUCAACAACGUCAUCUUCGACGCCCGACUGCACAACCAGAUCAACAAUGGCUUGGUUAGGAACCGUAAUUUCGUGUCCAACAGUAGCCAGUCCAACGCAGUGGACACAAAACUGUGGCUCAUGCGACAAAACGAAUUUCUGCAGAAAAUGAACCUCAAACUGGAAGACGUGUCCUUUCUCUACGACGAUGUCUUGAACUCUCUGGAUCGAGAUAUGGACUUGUAUUGUGACAGGAAUAGACGCUAUUUCGACCUGAGGAAGGCAGCGUUCGCCACGACACACGGAACGACGCCGAUUAGGUUGCCAGAUAUGACGCCAGCAUUCACGGAAUUGAAGGCGAAAUUGAAAGAGUAUGGGAUGGACUACCUGCAAAAGAUCAAGGAAGGCGAUAGCGCGAUGCUGGAACCCGUGGGAGGGGAGUUCUUAUGGCAAGAAAGGAUCCUCUCCAAGUUGUACAACAAGUCAGUCUUAGAUACGUAGAACAAUUUUUUUGUAGGCGCUCCACCAGUAAUUCUAUAGGUUCUUGCUGGAAUUGGAAAUGAAUGUGAUUGAUGAUUCUCGUUUAGACUUUUCCUUGAGAACCGCCAGAAAUAACUUGAACCUUGAUGAUUCUCAUGGUGCAACCGCGGCAAACUUAGAAUCAAUUAGAAAUAUUAGUGCUUGCGAGGACUAUCUACUAAGGUUUACAAGCUUGGAGAUUGGCGCGACCCAGCGACAAACCACGCAUGGGACUGCCACUGCUUCAGGGUCUUUAGGCGGUGGAAAUAGCAAGAAUUUUGUAGACGGCGUCGAUCCAGCUUCGACUUUCUCCUCUCAGCACAACCACAAGUGGAACGAAACUGGUUCAUCUAGUACGAAGUUCAACGUUGAAUUGAACCAAAUAAGCACUGGUGGCGGUCCUCAGCCUGCAGAUGAAGUAGUGCCAGUGGACGACUACAACGGGGAAGACGAUUUGAUGGAUGAGGAAGCGGCGGCACGUGGGGUCCUUCCGUUCAAGGGAAGCUUAGACUCGAUGUUUAACACUGCGGCAUUAGCGAACCAGAGGAGGAGAAUAAAACACGUAGGGGUACCAAUGGAAGAAGGCGAAAAAGCGGACAGGACGCGGCAGAUAUGUACUUUUUGCUAUUUGAUAGAAAAGGCUCCUGAUUUGACGAGACAGAUAUGUUUAUGUACUCUUUGCUACGUUACUAGAACGCCAUACUAGUGUUAGUUUGUUGUUCUCUUAGUUUCUGUAUCUUGAGAUAGAGAUUCAGAUUGUCAUUCAUUUCUUUCGAUAAUUAUCAAACAGACGAGCAGAACCAACGCGUUUUUUCGUACAACGUAGCGCACUUUCUCAACAAGCAUGGUCAAGCCUACCGUAGAAGACCACAGUCAGCCAAGACCGACGAAAAAAUAAAGGCCGCUUUGCAUAGGGAGAAAGCGGAGUCUGAAGAUAGACAGGAGAGCCACACCCGGGGUCGACAGUGUGGCAGAGACUGGGACGUAGCUUUGACGUUGAAAGGACACCUAGGCCAAAGCGCAGGACCUCUGUCGCAACCGGGACUGAAAGACGUGCGGAAUGAAUCGCCUAGAAGUACUCGCGUAGCUUUGUUGCAGCUUGUCGUUUGUAGUGUAGCUCAUAAGUAAAAUUCAGUCAAUGAUCUUUUACUUGUCGUUCAAACUACAUCAUGUCGUGACUGAGGUUUUUACUGUCGGCUUUGGUCGUCUAGAGGCAAAAUCAUCACGUCAUACUUCCUCGAUUCCUCGACAUUACAACAUCAGAUACCCUGGCCCUCCCCAACGACGGCUCUGCUUACGACGCUGCUAUGCAGAGAAUUUUAGACGAGACUCUCCUGGCAGAAAAUUUUAGACCUGGCAGUAGAGGUGGAUCCAGUGUCUUUGCAGGAGAGCAGAACCAAUCCUUGGCAGGACCUAGAGGAGCACCACUUACUGGAGGUGGAGUAGAGCAAGUAGUGGAAAAAAGAUUGCCAUUCGGGACAGGUGUGUCGCAACGAGCAGCAUCGCAGGGACCAGCGAGCAAUGAUCCGCAUCCACGUAUUAUGAUUUGUUCUUUUGUAGUUCUCAGUGGAGGCAGCUUUUGAGAUCAUAUUUCUGUAGGUCUUGUUCUGUGUCAUUCCAAACCAACUACAUCAAGAAAUAGUGCAGAAGAAAGUGGUUAUUCUGUGGCAAGGAGCCUUCAGAAUUUCAGCUCUGUAUUGAUUAUCUCAACAUUGUUUUCCAAAAUAAAAAUCACAAAUAGCCACGUUCACCAUCACCAACGAACACCAGGCCGCCGAACUCUCCUCGGUCCCGUCACCAUUUGGGCAGACAACAUUGACCCUUUUCCCUGUGGCAGUAAGAAGAUGGCCAAGGUCAAGACCAUAGAUCCUAUGGUGAAAAAGCUCGAAUAUCGAACUAGCAGAGACAACGAAUUUGAGCACCCUAUGUUCGAGGGCUUGCUAGAGGAAGUACAGAAGGCUAAGACAGCUAACGAAGAGGAAAGCGACGAUUUUGACGUUUUCGACUUCAUGAAUAAGAAGAAGAAAGUACUACUUCUUGAUUGGUGCGAUUGUAUUUCGAAAAAAAUGUAGGUGAUGAAAGCUUCGGUAGUAGUAGUUUGAUUUUCCCUGCCUUCUUGCUUCGGAUAUUGCCUCAACUUACAAUUUGUAUUUGAUUUUCACUGCUACUUACUUUUCUUUCGACAACUUCUAUUAUUUUAUUUAAUACAAUUGUCAUAUCUAAUAUUAUUGCUGCUCCGACUACAACAAGACCCACCACUUCCGGUCCCCCAUUCCAUCCACCUUUUCCCCCACCACCACACCCAGGUCGACCCUCUCGAGAAGAUAAAGAAUUGGAAGCCGCGACUCCCACUGGAGUCUGAGAUAGACUUCGCAUUGCCGAAGGUCGUGGAUGGCCACUUGAUCAACAACGCCUUAGCAAAUAGCCAUCAGAAGACCGUUCCAGACCCGGAUCAGUGGGAAUACGAUUUUAGGAAAAUGAAGUACCUCUAUUGUUACAUCAAUGAGUUAAGGUACAGUCGUCCACUGAAAUCGUGAAUCACAAUCAAGGUCCUACUCAUCGAUCAUCAUGAUAAAAGCCAUGUGUGUCCCCACUAAUCAUGGUCCUACUCAUCGAUCAUCAUGAUAACCAUAUCUAUGAUCCCCAAACCACAGGAACGGCUUCUUCACUGACCGGCAAGGGAACCCAAUAAUUGCGGAUGUCAAGAAUGUUCUCUAUCACGAGAAAACCUCCGAAACGUUGAUCAUGCUCAAUUUCUUAGAGGAUCUUCUGAAUAGGCAGAAGAUGCAGAUGCUCCCGUUUAGAGGGUUCGAUAAUCUCCACAUCCAAAAGAAAAAUGAGGAGUUGUUUAAAAGCCAAGCACAGAAGACGGAGGCAAAGAAGGUACUACUUGUUUAUGUUUUACUUAGAUCUAGAUGAUUUGGUCUAAAUAUUAUGUUUGUUUGUUUGACUUUUUUGAAAACAGCCGGCUAGUAGUUUUCCCUCUAUCCUUAGGCUUAUCCCUUCAAACAAAUACUUAAAUCACUUUCAUUUCGACUUCACUAAUUUCCUCCUCCUUGCUCUCCACCCAUCCAACCUAUCAGUCAUGAACAACUAUCGCAACUACAGGUAAAGCGCCAAAUCGUGAAGGCCUGCGCCUUCCUCUCCUUGCGUGCUUUACGCGACGUGCUACACAUCUCCGAAGAGGAAUGGAACCAAGCUCGAUUGCCUUUGAGGCUGAUCUCUGUCAAACAAGAAAUCAUGAGAUUCCUGUCUGAUGAAGCUAGAGAUUUGGAUAGAGCUGGAUUCUGGAAAUCCAUAGCCGAAACCCAGAAACUAGUGGACCAUAAGAGGGUGACAAGUUUCCCACCGAAGCACGAGAAAUUGCCGAGAAUGAAUUUGGGGUGGACGCCAUAUAAGAAUUGGUACUUGUUAGAUCUAUCCCAUUUGAACAUACUUGAUGUUAGAUCUAUCCCAUUGUACUCUCACAAACUAAGCUCCUGAAAGCUUUGAAUAUUUUUUUCUCAUUGAUACCGUCAUACUCGCCAUAGUUCUAUAAAUAUGGAAACAUUUAAACGAAAAUAGGUACGCCCGUUCCAUGUCUCCCGACCGCAGACGGAUGGAAGGCGUUGCUUCUGCUAGGCUUCGCGACAAACGAGCGGCGCAAAAGGCAGAAGCAAAAGCCGCUGGGCGACCGAAGAAGGAUGGGCUCGACCAAUUGUUCAACGACUUCGAUAAGAAAGUGGGACAAAGGACAUCGUAGCUUGGCGUAAAUGUAAACAUCUACAUCGGAGAGGAACAUGUAAACAUCGUAAAUGUAAACUUAGUAUUGACAGCAUGUAAUGUUGAUAGCUCUUGUCUCCUGAAGGUGUGCUUCUAAGUCGUCUCGUUGCCAAAAAUGUACAUUGGACUUGACUAAGCACUUUUCUUGUAACUCAUAUUGAUCACGCACGCACACGCACCAUAAUGAACUAUGAAGACUAUAAAAUAAGUCACGGAGCAUUUUUUAGCGGCAUCAGCAGCUGUUCGCAGCACGACAUACUUAGUUAGUUACAGAAGCUAAUGAAUUGUCAGCAUCAUCGUCAAGAGCAUGUGGUCUACUACCGGCCAUGAUGUAUUGCUGGAUGUACAGAGCAAGGUACAACUCAUAUGAUCGUAACAAAUUAACCUAUUUUUAUCUAAGCGUCAACUCAAACACCACCAGGCAGAGGACAACUAGGUCGUCGUCGUCGUCGUCGAAGAUUUAUACUGUUUGUUUUUAACAUUAACUACUACGUCAUGAGAGAGAGCAUUAAAAACUGUACAUUAUGCACAGCUACUAUGCUUCUUAUUCAAUCUGGGAAAUGUUGAAUGAAAUACCAUAAUCAUCAUGUAGGUCGCAACUCUCUGGUCAAGAAAUGAUAUGAGGUCUAAUGGCGGAUGUUAAACGCACAGCUAAAAAGCAAGAGGAUUCUGAUCGCUUUUUGGGAGAUCAAUUUUUUUUUUGGGUUUAAUUCGAAAACAAAUUC